AUGGCCGGGGCUCCUGAAUGUCAAUACAAAGUGUCGUAUCGAAAACAUUUCCUACAACAGCGACAAAACCAAUCAGUUAUACCUAAUUCUAAUCCGUGGUUUCCAUCAACAGCUAAAAUGUGUUCAACAACAAUCGAGGCCACAACAUCAGUUCAAAAUAACACAGUCCUGAUGAAGAAAUCACCAAUAACAAGUUCAGCACGACAGUUCAAUGAACAGCAGACAGACCCAACAGCAUCAUUAGCUGAUAUUAUUCAAAAAGCAAUAAAAGAUUCUCAAGCAAUAAUUUUGAAUAAAAUGAAUGAAUUAGAGCUCAAAUGUGUGAUCGGUAGCAAUGAACAGCUUAAUAUGAAAAAAUAG